AUGCCGAAAAUAAACACGGCAAUGGAUUAUGAAUUACAUGACAUGAUGGAAUUUCGUUCGAUUUUUAUCAACUACCAAUUCAUAAAAACCAUAAAAAUUAUUGAGAAGAUGAAGGUUUUCCAGGGAUUUGACAUUAAAACCAACGAGGACGUUUUGAUUAAAAUAAUAAAGCUGGAGAAUGUCGGGCAGUUCAACUGCCUCAAUAACAGAACAUCCUUUGAUUCUGUCUGUGAUCUUUAUAAAAUCUUGUCUAUUUUGAAUGUAAAGUCACUGCCCAAAGUUUUAAUAAACAAGAAAAUUCAGAACUAUCAAGUAAUUGUUCAGACGGCAGCAAAUGGGAUGUUUUUGGAAAGAUACAUAGAAACAAGCACCGAUAUCAACUGCACAGAUGCUCUAAAAAUCAUUGCUCAGCUUUUAGUGCUUCUAAACUACCUCUCCACAAUGAAGAUUAGAGUUUCGGAAUUUUCAAUAAAGAGCAUUGUGAUGGACGAAGGCAAUAAUGUGAAAAUAUACGAGAUCGACUGGAUGUAUUUUGAUGAUAGCAUUGACAGCCAAUAUGAAAACAGACAUGUCAGAAAUUUGCUAAAAAUACUUAGAUACAUUUUAAUGAAAAGCGAUAAAAAUGCUACGCAAGCAAAUGCACAUAUUACAAAUAUUAAAAUGGCACAGAGUAAAAACCAUGGCCGGAAGUCCAGUAGAUUGUCAAAACAAGCAGAACUCGAUGCAUAUAGAAAAAUACAGUUGCUACAGACAAUGAUGUACAAUUCAACCGAUAUCUUGACCUUUAGCCAUCUAAACAACAUUUUAAACAUAAGCGAAAGCCCGGUCUUUAGGAAUCUGUUCAUCUUAGAUUCUCUUGUCGUUUCUGAAAUUCAUAAGCUGGGAUUUUCCGAUUUUGAUGGCACAUUGGCAAAUUCUGCAGCCAGUAAGCACUUUUACUUGUACAGACUUGUUGAAGAUAACGUUGUAAGGUCUGAAAUUAGAGGACAUUGCAAGACAUUCCAUCAUCUCAUGGAUCAUUUGAACAAGGCAAUAUCCGAGAAGGGAAUAUUAAACAUUAACCGAAUGGAAGAUUCAAUAUUCAGAGUAUUAUCUGAGCAGGAAGAAGAGAAGUUUACAUUAAUUAGGAAUAGAAUGCUGGUUCUUUAUGAAGGCCUUUCGUACUAUUCAUCAUUUUACAAAUGCAUGAGCUGUGCGGGAUCUAACGACUUGGCAUUUAUUGAGAUACCAAUUUUUAAUUACGAAAGAUGGUUUGAUAUACUGAAAACCCUGAAAAUGGCAAAGAUUCCUGCGUGGAGAAACGAUGAUAAAAUAAAGAUAAGAGAUGAGAGUGUUGGGCUGUCUAUUGUUGUGAAACUGAAGAAAAAGACGUAUAACAGUGCGUUUUAA